AAGGUCACCGCGCGCCAUGGAGGCCAAGGUCCGCCAGAGCCGGCGCUCGCGCGCGCAGCGGGACCGCGGCCGGCGCCGGGAGGCGGCCCGCGACUCCCGCGAUCAGAGCGCGUCGUCGGGCGAUGAGCCCGAGCCCGGACCCGGCAAGGAAAACGCGGGCCUGCCCCGCGCGCCCCCUCCCCGCGCCGCCGCCGCGCGACCCCCGCGCCGCCGCCGCCGCGAGUCCAGCUCGCAGGAGGAGGAGGUCAUCGACGGCUUCGCCAUCGCCAGCUUCAGCACGCUGGAGGCUUUGGAGAGGGACAUGGCCCUGAAGCCACAUGAACGGAAGGAGAAAUGGGAGCGUCGCCUCGUCAAGAAGCCCCGCGAGUCAGAAAACUGCCCAUCUGCGGAGCCGAGUGAGAACGGGCGGCCCCUGGAAGUGGGCAGCCCCGAGCAGGCCCUGGAGCCCCCCUGCGACCGGGGAAAGAAGGUCCCGCUGCAGCCCGCCAAGCAGAUGAAGGUCGCAGUGUCCAGAGGGGGCGACCGCAACAGUGAGGACGACAGCUUCCGCGAAGCCACCAGCUCCCGGCGGAGCAGCUCCCGGGACCAGCUCAGUGACAGCUCGGCGCAGGCCGUGUCAGGCAGAGGCUACUCCUGUGACAGUGAGAGCGACGGGGACGAUAAGGUGUCUGUGGGUUCCGAGAAGCUCUUUGCCCCGGCAGCCGAUAAAGGCCCCACGUUGGGCGAGAAGUCCGAGGCCAAGGCCGGGGCGGCGCCCAAGGUCUCGGGCCUGGAGCGCAGCCGCGAGCUGAGCACCGACCCUCCAUUCCUGCCCUCGGUGCGCAGCCCCGCGCCCUCUGUCGGCCCCGCGCUGGGCGCUUCCGCCAGCCCACUGAUCAAGAAGGAAGCCCCCGCCCUGCUCCGCCUCACCCCGCAGCCGCUGCCUGCGCCCCCGCAGCCCCGGGCCCCGCUCCCGACACACGUGCCUCUCCCGCUGGGCGCCUUCCCAGGCCACGGCCACGGCCACGGCCACAGCCUCGGCCAGGCUGCGCACAACGGCCUGCACAGCCUCAGCAGGAGCAGCAGUGCCAGCAGCGGCGCCAGCCUCGGGCUCGCCAAGCACGCGUCCCUGUCGCCGCACGGGCCUGGCGCCCACCUCUCUACCUCACACUUGGCGCUGCGCUCGCAGGCCCAGCACCAGCACCACGCGGCGGCCAUGUUCGCCGCCCCCGCGACACUGCCCCCGCCCCCGGCGCUGCCGGCCAACAGCUUGGUCAUCCCAGGACACCCCGCCGAUGCCAGCCUGUUGAUCUCAUUCAGCCAGCCAAUCAUGUAUUGCCAGCCUCAUGCGGGGAUUCUGAUUGAUCACGAGCUGCUCAGGCAAGAGCUGAACGCGCGUUUUCUGGUCCAGAGCGCCGAGCGGCCCGGCGCCCCCCUGGGCCCGGGGGCUCUGCUGCGGGCGGAGUUCCACCAGCACCAACACACACACCAACACACACACCAGCACCAACACACAUUCGCCCCCUUCCCCGCGGGGCUGCCCCCGACGCCGCUCCUGCCGCCCGCCGCAGCCCGGCCGUUUGACAAGUACACGCCCAAGCUGGACAGCCCCUACUUCCGACAUUCCAACUUUUUCCCGUCCUUCCCUCCUGCCAUCCCGGGACUGCCCACCCUGCUCCCACACCCAGGCCCCUUUGGGUCCCUGCAGGGCGCUUUUCAGCCCAAGACUUCAAACCCACUCGAGGUAACAGGCCGGGCCAGCGCUGUCCACACCCUCCUGCAGAAGGGCCCUGGGGUGUCCGACCCGUACCGGACAGCAGUGAGGAAGCCGGGCAGGUGGUGCGCGGUGCACGUGCAGAUCGCCUGGCAGAUCUACCAGCAUCAGCAGAGAACGAAGGUACCACUGGACCCCCACAAGCUGGAGGUGGGCGCCAAACUGGACUUGUCCAGCAGACCCCCGGGCCCGGGCCUGCUUGCAGGGUUCCACUAUACACAGGAUGUGGCCAGGCCCCUCUUCUCCAGCUCAGGUGCCGCCCAUCCUGCCACCAACCAGUUUGGACCCUCAGCCCAUCCCGGCAGCUUCCUGCCCACUGGUCACCUGACAGACCCUUUCAGCAGAUCGAGCACCUUUGGGGGCCUGGGGACGCUUGGCAGCACUGCCUUCGGAGGCCUGGGCAGCCACGCGCUGACUGCAGGUGGCAGCAUGUUUACUCCUAAGGAGGGCUCCACACUGCAUGGCCUGCCCAGCCCCCAUGAGGCCUGGAACCGGCUGCACCGCACGCCACCGUCCUUCCCCACGCCGCCCCCAUGGCCCAAGCCCAUGGACACCGAGCGGGUCUCAGCCCUGACCAACCACGACCGAGAACCGGACAAGGGCCGCGAGGAACGGGAGCGGGACCUCCUUGAGAAGACGCGUCUGCUGAGCCGGGCCUCACCCGCAGCCCCCGUGGGCCACUCGGCCAGCAGCCUCCUGCUCCGUGGCCAGGGCGAGCCCCGCGUCAAGGAGAGCCGCUCUCCCGCCAAGGAGGACGGCGCCAAACUGGUGGCGCGCCCACAGUCCCCCUGCAGCAAGGCCACUGUGGGCGACAGUCUGCGCCUGGCCGCCCUCCUGGGCCGCGAGCCAGGGAAGCCGCCCGAGGGAGAUGUGAAGGUCAAGGAGGAGCGCGGGGAGGACGCUGAUGCACCCGAGCCCCUGGGGGGCGGCCUGCACCGCGUGCCCCCCGCACCCCUGCAGCUCGGCCCGGGUCCCGCCGUCCGCGAGCGCCUGGGCUUCGCAUGGGAGCCGCUGCGCGACGCCUACCGCGGCCUGGAGCUGCCGCGCCGCGCCGUCCCCACCGCUCCUGCCCCGGGCCCCGCCGCCCUCUUCGAGCCACCCGAGCGCCCCUACCGCGACCGCGAGCCGCACGACUACAGCCCCGAGCGCCUGCGGGAAGCGCGCCGCGAGGAGCUGGAGCGCGCGCGGGCCGCGCACCUGGGCGCCGCCCCCGCCCUGGACGGCGCUGCGCUCCUGCCCGCGCUGGGCGCCCUGCACUACCCGCGCCUGGGGCCCGCGGCCGCGCUGCACCACGGACUCCUGGCGCGGACCCCGCCCGCCGCCGCCGCCGCCGCCGCCGCCGCCGCCGCGCUCGGCGCGCCGCCCCCCCUAGUGGCCGCUGGCGGGUCCCCCACGCCCCCGGGGCCGCCGCCGCGAAGCAGGACUACGCCGCUUGGGGGCCCUGGGCCUGGCGAGGCGCGGGACUACUCCCCUUCGCGCAACCCCCAGGAGGUGGAGGCGCGGUAGCCCCGCGGAGCCGCCGGGCGCGGACAGCCUCCCGCAAACGCACCGCGAACCUGCGGCGUGCACGUUCUGGAACUAAGCACAGGCCCGUCGGUCCCGGUCCCGGUCCUGGGUGACGCUCACCUUUCCACCUGCAGCCUGCGGGGUCGGGGCAUCAUGCACAGCCUUUCUGGGGGUAAUUUGUUUUCUGAGCUCAAGAUUAGGCUAUUGGAAGAAAAUUCAAGUUUGUACAUUUUCCCCCACAGGUGAGAAGCGUUUUUAAUAGAUUUGUAUUUUUUUCAAUUUUGUGCUCUUUAGACAUUGAAAAGAAAAAAAAGUUUUGCUUUUUAAUUUUGAGUUCGAAUUUGCAGUUUUAACAGCCUCAGAUCUUUUCCCAGAGCCCCAGGGGUUUUUUUUGUCUUAUUUAUGGAGGAAAAAACGGUCAUUUUGUCCAACACACUGUGAGGCCCCCCGCUCAGGCCUGGCCCUGACCCUCCCUUGGUACUUGGAACCGAAGUUACAGAUAUAUAUUAAAAUAAUAAUUAAUAAUGUAAAAAACUGGUUUUUUGCCUUAUUACGCAGAAGUGUAAGAUUUCUUUUUCAUUUUUUUUUAAAGACAAAUGGAACAAGUGUAAAUAGUCUAUUAAUAUAAAUCUAUGAUGUUCUUAAAUUCUUAACCUGGGUACACUUUAUAAAAACAGUUUCUAGAAAUCCCUGUUUAUUUGUUUAAUGCGGUCACAAAACCCCACCCGCUGCGGGGUGGGAGCGCUCAGAAGUUUGAUGCACCGACCCUCCAACUAUGCAAGCGCCCCCAGGCGGCUGGACGGCUGUCUGCAGGGGAAAAAGGUUCUAGCAGCAAACCUGCCAGCUCGGGGUACCGCACCCCGGCACUGGGCUUCAGGACGGGCGGCUGUGGCCACAAGGACACUUGUGUGAACCCUCGUGCUGACCAGUGUUCUUGGGAACUACCCCAGACAAGUAGAAUUUCAGAAGAGUCUAAAGGUUGAUUACAAAGUAACUUCUGGCUCUUUUCUCUGAAGACCAUCAACAAACGUUUGUCCAGUUUGUCCCCGCCACCCACCCACACCUUGCCUGAUUCCCCUUUGGUUUCAGUUUUGCUUUCAUAAUCACACGAACGUCACCACGUCCUGCCAUCAGCGUCUGUCUUUGUUCCCUGACGUCCACACACUGUCCGUUGAGCCAUCUGCAGUCGUUUCCUUUGUUCAGCUCUGUAUUUCAACCCGGAGUCUGCACUGUGAACUCUGGUUAUUUUAAACAUUCUGUUCUCAUGUCAGUUGGAGAUAAAUACAGCCUUGAUU